AUGUUUGCAGUGUUCAACGUGUACCUACCUACCCACUUACCUGUCUGUCUACCUACCUACCCACUUACCUGUUACCUAAAUAAGCUUACCUUAUGAACACACCAGUUUCAUGGGGAUUUAUUGGGUUUGUUUAAAAGGUUAUCUCUUCUACAAAGCCUCACAAACGCAAAUGAAAAUUGUUAAGUUGUUUGUUUUGGCCAACCUGUCGUGUUAUCUUGUGAUUAUUACUGAGAGAAAAAUGCCGUGCGUGAGAAGAAGAACCACCUCCCUUGGGCUGGUUCCUGCAUGGGUGUAUGCCAGGGCCUACAGCGAGGUCUAUUCUGGGAGAUCAGUGAGGCAGGCAGCACUGGCAAACAACAACAAUCAUGUGACGUUGUCACGCUAUCUCAAGCGGAGGGCAGAGGAGGGCAGUGAAGUGAACCUGAAGAGGGCAGCAGCCAUUUAUUUUGGGCUCACCCCUAAUGAGGUCAGUGUUUUAGGACAGGCAUAAACACACAAAUGUACAUCAACUUUUUAUGACCCCUUCAUGUCAGAAAAUUUGCCUUCGAGCUGGCAGUGCAUUUCAGCUGCCCAUUCCCUGCAUCCUGGUCGAGGAAGAGCAUGGCGGGGAAGGACUGGUUCACCUCCUUCAUGGAGCGCAGUGUCAGCCUCUCCCUUCGGUGUCCAGAGGCCACUAGCCAACAAACACAACUAUUUACAGGGGUCACCACUGUCCAGGUGCCAGACCGUGUCAUCGCCCAAAUGGGGCAGAGCAGGUCGGGUCAGUGACCUCAGCGGAAAGGGGGACCCUGGUCACAGUUGCGCUGGCAGGCAAUGCACCCUUCCCACCGAGUAGGGUCCAGCUGCAGCCCCGGAGAACAACACCCUGGCGUGACAACAACCCUGGCGCGACGGAAGUACUCUGGCGUGACGGAAGUGAUUUUUUUUUUAAUUUAAUGUACACACCGCUAAAUCGGAAACCAAAGAUGAACCAUGGAAGGACUUCCACCACAGGCAUAUGGGAACGACUGUGGGAUCUUCAUGAUUAUGUAUGCUUGGUACCUUGCCAUGGAGGCACCGUUUAACUUCACUGUUGUAAGUAGGCAUUAAAUUAAAUGAAAAAAGAGCUGACGAUUUAAAAGAUACGUUUAAAAUAAGAAUUGGAUUUUUGACAUAUGUAAGGUUACAACAUCGAAAAAUUCAUACUUGUAUACAUAUUUUAUCAUUGUCAAUUCUUGGAAUAUCCCCUUACUUUAGAAAGACAUGCCAGUCCUCAGAAAAUUGUGGUGCACAGUACUGCUUGAGAACUUCCAACUGGAUGGGCACGGCAGAAGGUUCCCCACACUUCAUGGAGGAGGCCAAACAAAUGGCGGUUGACUACUUCCACCAGUCUUCAGACUGAAGCGAAAAAGAUAAGUGAAUGACGUUUCCAGUGACAGAAUACAAAUAAUAUUUUGGAUAGGCUUAAUAUUGAUUUGACUGUUUGAUUAUUUUGACAGUGAGUUGGAGCUGAUGGCAGUCAGCAUGAAGAAGCUAUAUCUUUAAGAUUCUGUAGAUUAUUUGUUAAAUAAAUUGUGAGGAAACUUUGGUGUGGUUAUUCUUCAAUGUAUAUUUAUAUCAAAUUAUGAUGAUAUAUUUAACAAAAAAUUAAAUUUGAUUCUAUUAGACAUUUUAAAACAAUUACUUAAUUCUAAUUACUUAAUUCUAAUGGUCAAUUACUUAAUGAGUAAAGUAUAUAAUACACUAAAUUCCAUUAAAUAAUUGUCUACACACUAAAUUAGUUUAUUUGUCAAAAUAACGUUAUAAUAAGUUUAAUAACGCAAAGAAAAAAUCCUGAGGUAUUUGUCUAAAUAACGUUAAAAACCUUUUUUAAGCUCUAAAAAUGGUUACUAACGUGUCGAAAUAUUUAUUUAUUUAUUUUUUAUGUUAAUUCAAGCGAUAAAUACGUUUAUUUGUCUCUAAAAAAAUAAUCUGAUGUAACUUCCGUCCAGCCACAGUACUUCCGUCCCGCCUGGGUGUUCUGUCACGCCAGGGUGUUGUUCUCCGGGGCUGUAGCUGGAUACUAUUGGUCCCACCUGUCAUUUGCCGCAAUUGAUUACUGCAGAGCCAAUGGCAUAGUGCUGCUGUCAUUCCCUCCCCACUGCACCCACAGGUUGCAGCCAAUGGACAUUAGUGUCUUCGGCCCCCUAAAGGGGUACGUAAACAGUGCGGCGGACAGGUGGAUGAGGAGCCACCCAGGGAUAAACAUCUCAAUUUAUGAUGUGCCCUCCAUCGUUGCUGAAGCCUUACCAAAGGCUGCAACAGUGAACAACAUCACCUCCGGGUUCUCAAGUCCAGGGAUCUGGCCUUUUAACCCCUCUGCGUUUGAAGAAAAGGACUUCGCCAGAGCCUAUUCCACAGACCGUCCUCCUCCCCAGGCUUCGGGUGACGAGGUCAGCGCUUCUCCAGGUGCCACUUCAGGCAUGGAUGUACCUGAACGAGCUGCCGGGCCUGACGAAGCUGCCGGGCCUGACGAAGCUGCCGGGCCUGACGAAGCUGUCCGGCCUGAGGGAGACGCCCUUGAAUUCAGCCCGGACAUCGUCCGGCCAUACCCUAAGGCCGGGCCUAGAAAGAUAACAAAGAGAAGAGGGAGAAAGAGGACAACUGCUAUACUUACGGACACCCCGGUGAGGGCUGCUUUAGAGGCGGAAAAGCAGGAGACUCUGAAGCAGCGUCGUCCCGCCAAGCAGCCUCCCUCCUCUCGGGCUCCCAAGAAGAGGCUCUUCUCGCCCGCUCCUGAAGCCGCCCCCCUUGCUGUAGUCACCCCUGGUGCCACCUCAGCUGCUCCUCCCACCAUCACCUGGCCCGCUGAUGGAGUCAGCCCCACCUUAGGCCUAGUUUGUCCUGUUCCGGAUGCAGUAGAGUUCACCACUAUUGCCGCCUCUACUUUUCCCAACUUAUUUAGGCCUAUCCAGCGAGGACGUCAGCUGCCUCGUUUGCUGCGAGCCUCGAUGCUGGGGAAGAGUGGGUCCAGUGUGUUUCAGUGGUCGCAUGAGGCUUGCACCAACGGGAGUACACACUACCUGUGUUACCUGUGUGACAAAGAAUACAAAUAUUUUGCCUACUAUACUGUCCAUGUGUCUUCACUAGUUUGCAGUGGAAAUACUGUAAAUGUAGGCCUACAGCACAAUUCACUUAACAUUAUAGACUGAUUAACUAACUAACUAACUAUUAGGCCUGGGUUAGGCUAUGAGUGGGAGCUGGGCUAUUAAAUAUUUUGCAGGGUAGGCCUACUUUUCGUCCAUCCUGCGUUCACACCAAAAGAUGCAAAAAGUUGACGCGCGGCACGAUCCCAUUCAAAGUGAAUGUAGAGACGCGUUGCUGCUUUGCUGCCGCAGCAUUUGCUGCCGAGAAAACCGUCAAAAUCUGAUUUGCAGCGCGGAAUGCCCGUGCCCACUGCCGGGCACGGGCGGCGGGCGCGUUCACGUAUUUUGCGGCGCGUCAAAUGCUGCUCGAGUUGAAAUAUUUCAACUUUUCGGCAGCAAACGCGUGAUGACAGCCAAUCAGCGUUCAACAGCGUUGCCACGGAGGCGUUGCCACUGAGUGACAUGCCGUAACAGCCAAUCAGUGUUACUCCCUUGGAGUGACCUAGAGUUCACUACCGUUACAUUUAUUUAGUAACUCGAAAAACCCCACAAAUCAGCAUUCUGUAGUGUAGUUGUGUUUACAGUUAAACUAAACUAUAGUAGUAUGUGUAUGUAUAAGUAUGCUAAAGGGCUAGCAUAACAACCCCAAACAAAACCCAGUUGGGUGCCAGGCAGCACCAGCCUUCCAGGCUCCGAAUGGUCUCAUGAACCCAUAAACGACGGGCAUUCCGACGUCUCUCCCUCUUCCACAACAGGUAAAGACAUGCAAUGCUCGUAAUGUCGGUUGUGAAUGAAUUCAAAAGCACCGCGAAACUUCCCGCGCUGCAAAACUGCGGUGCAGCAAAACGUUUGCAGCGCGUCAAAACCUUUGCUGCGCCGCAAAACUUUUGCUGCGCCGCAAAACUUGAUUUGCCGCGCCGCAAAACCUCGGCGUCAACGCGUUCGGGCAGCAAAUGCAUCUUUUGGUGUGAACGCAGGGUUACAUUUAUUUAGUACCUCGAAAAAACAAACAAAUCAGCAUUCUGUAGUGUAGUUGCGUUUACAGUUAAACUAAACUAUGAGUAUGCUAAAGGGCUAGAAAACAACCCCAAACAAAACCCAGUUGGGUGCCAGGCAGCACCAGCCUUCCAGGCUCCGAAUGGUCUCAUGAACCCAUAAACGACGGGCAUUCCGACGUCUCUCCCUCUUCCACAACAGGUAAAGACAUGCAAUGCUCGUAAUGUCGGCCAUGGUUGUGAAUGAAUUCAGAAGCACCGCGGGCAAAACUUGCCGUGCCGCGAAACUUCCCGCGCUGCAAAACUGCGGCGCAGCAAAACUUUUGCUGCGCGUCAAAAGCUUUGCUGCGCCGCAAAAGCUUUGCUGCGCCGCAAAACAUUUGCUGCGCCGCAAAACUUGAUUUGCUGCGCCGCAAAACUUGAUUUGCUGCGCCGCAAAACUUCGGCGUCAACGCGUUCGGGCAGCAAAUGCAUCUUUUGGUGUGAACGCGGGGUUACACAUCCAAAAUAACAAUGGCUACAUUAAAUUAUGACAAUAAUAAUUUAAUUUAGUGGACAUGCACACUUAAAAACUUCUGGGUAUAAGCUAGGCUAGCCUUCUACACCCUUGCUCUUGGUCACGACACAUGGCUUGCAGACAGUGGCGGUUUUAGACACGGGCGACCCGGGCAGCCGCCCGGGGCGGCAUAUUUGUGGGGGGCGGCAAAUCACACGGGUGGCGCCACGAGCAAUAUAAAAAAAAAAUGCGCUGCGUAGCGGUUAUCAAUGAAGUACCACAUUGUGUGGGGAAUAGGUAUUUUGGCGCCCCCUGCUGCAGGUGCACAACUGCUCGUUGAGAAGGUGCCGUGUAUAGACGGAAUGAAACCCCCACUGAAGUCCGUAGGCUCACGAUACAAUAAAUAAAUAAAGGUUUUAGACAGGGCAAGUAUAAAAAGGGGCCAAUAUACAUCCAUAAUUUAAAGCCGUCCGAGUGGGGAUCAGGAUAAGACAGGCUACACCAAGAAAAACAUGGGUUCCCUAAGUGCCGUUGGGACGUCUCAGGACGGGUGACCGCUGUGAAGGAGGCCUCGCCGGCGGGAUCCAUGACAAUACAUUUGGACGUUUUAUUGUUAUCUUGGUAUGUCAGGGUUGUAUUCCAAAUUCCUGUACCUGCGGCCCAAGCACCUGCAUAUACCAUGAGGGAUCUUACCUCAAGUCAACCGGUUUGAGAGAACGUCCCUCAGGCAUUGGUGGACAAUAAGAUUAAUUUACAUGACUCACUCUGAUUCGUGACUCACGAUAUACCAAGGGAAAUUCCCCAACAUUUCUUACACAGGUUGCUAAAGGAAGUGUUUUUACUUCUUGGUCCAUCAUCCCCUGCUGAGUCCUUUGUCUGGAGGAGCCCAAUAAAAGUCAUCGAGGUGGAAUGUGGCUUUGCUACAAACAUGUCAACAGGCUAACCAGACGUCCUCUUUUACCCGCACAUGCCCUUUUUUGGAGACACUCAAAAUCGUAGGGGAUUUUAUUAAAGCCUCCAACAUUUUCACAUUGAAUUUGUGUUGUUUCCCUGGGUCGUUCAUUAACUAGUUAGGCUACGCCCUCCCCUACUCAGUUCUGUUCGCUUUGCAUUGGUGGAAGUGAGAAAGGGGGAGUGGUUAAGAAGAGCCCUCAGAUUGGACGGUUUGACUUACUUAAUUACCGUCAUGUUUUGUAAUUAUUUUUUUACCAUAAUUGUUUUAUAGGGACAAACAUUUACAAAUUUCUCCUACAGGGGAUUGAUAAAGUUCUAUCUAUUGAAAAGAAAGAAACACUUGGUCAUACUUUACACACUUUACCACAGCAUUGGCCUACUGAAUGCAACAGAUAUAUUUUAAGCAUUGGAAUGAAUGCCACAUUAAUAUAUACUUAUGUUUUUGCAGGUUUGCAACGUUUAAAAGUUCAGGGGAAAGUAUAUGCCUCUUCUGGUGUUGCUUAAAACAAUAGCCUUUUGAGGGAGAGUUUUUUCUGAAUAUUAGUGUUAAGGGCCAAUAAUGCUACUAUCAUUCAUUAGUCACCAUGUCUGCGGACAAAUUUGCAAGCAGUCACAUGUUC